GCGCAGGCAGCCCUGAGGGAUGGCAGCGCGGGGGAAGGACCGCGGAGGCGUCUCUCGCCAGGUUUUGUGGCUGAAGAGCUGAGAGGGGCUCCCGAGGCGGAAGGAUUGGCCGCGGAUUUAAUUCGCCUUUGGCUUUGCCCGUGAGCGUCCCGAUCCCAAAAAAGAGGUGUUUGGAAAAGUUCCCUCCUCGUUGUUGUUGUUGUAUUUGCACCAUGAGCGCCAACAUAGUGUUCGAGUGGCUGAAGGCGCUGAAGCUCUCCCAGUACGCGGAGUCCUUCGUGGACAACGGCUACGACGACCUGGAGGUAUGCAAGCAGAUCGGCGACCCGGACCUGGACGCCAUCGGGGUCUCGCUCCCGCCGCACCGGCGCCGCCUCCACGAAGCCGUGCAGCGCCUGAGGGAGGAGGACGAGGGCACGGCCGGGCUGUACUUCACCCUGGAGCCCCAGGAGGAGCCCCUGCCCCUGCCCUCGCCCCCGGCGUGCGGCUUCCCCCGGGGCGCGCCCUCGGCCGGGACCUACACCAGCCACUUGGUGGAGCGCUACGCGGCCAAGGCCUGGAAGGAGCCCGCCAGGGAGCUCACCGCCUUCCCCAAGCUCCGCCUGAAGAUCAUGAUCCGGGAUAAACUCCUCCGGGAUGGCAUCAACCUCAGCAAGGCCCCCUUCUCCAACAAGGAUGGGUCAUUGGGCAACAUUGAUGACCUGGCCCAGCAAUAUGCAGAUUACUAUAAUACCUGUCUUACUGAUGUUUGUGAACGGAUGGAAGAGCUUCGGAAGCGGAGAGUUUCCCAAGACCUUGAUAUGGAGAAACCUGAUGCCAGCUCCACAUCUCUACAGCUGCGAUCCCAGAUUGAAGAAUCCCUUGGCUUCAGCAGUACAGUAUCAACACCAGAAACAGAAAGAAAAUUCACCCUUCAUAAGUCAAGUUCUGAAGAAAGUGCUGUAGGUAAAGCAGAUUGGAAAAAGAAGAACAAGUAUUUCUGGCAAAAUUUUCGAAAGAAUCAGAAGGGACUAAUGAGGCAGUCUUCAAAAGGGGAGGAUGUUGGUUAUGUGGCAAGUGAAAUCACAAUGAGUGAUGAGGAGCGGAUCCAGUUAAUGAUGAUGGUCAAGGAAAAGAUGAUCACAAUUGAAGAAGCACUUGCAAGGCUUAAGGAGUAUGAAUCCCAGCGUCGGCAGUCAGGUAGCACAGACUCCUCUGAAUGGCCUGACCAUUCAUACCCAAGUUUUGAUGGUUCUUCCAAUUGUAAUUCAAGAGAACAGUCGGAUGAUGAAUCGGAAGAAGCGGUGAAGUUUAAGAGAUUGCAUAAGCUGGUCAACUCGACUCGCAGAGUGAAAAAGAAGUUAAUUAGAGUGGAAGAAAUUAAAAAGCCCAGUACUGAAGAAGAACAUUCCAUUGACAGCUCUCCUGUACCAGAUGACAAAUUGGCACUUUACUCUGGAGUCCACAAGAAGCAACCCUCCUCGAAUAACUCUUCUGAGAAGCAUCCAGAGGAUGACUGUGAUUCCCUGACCACAUCUCCAUCAUCCAGCAGCCUAGAUAACUGGGGUACUAACAGGAAAUUGCUCAAGACCUUCAGUAAAUCUGAAAGCCGUGGCCUUAUUAAACCCCCAAAGAAACUUGGGACUUUCUUCUCCUACCCAGAAGAGGAGAAAGCUCCCAAAGUUUGCCGCUCCUUGACUGAUGGAGAGAUGAAGAAGAACCUUGGCUCCCUGAACCAUGGGGUAAGCAAAGAAAGUGUUUGCUUUUAUGAUAACAGACGUAAGCACCAUGUCCUAGUAUCCCUGGAGGAAAUUCAAAGUGUCAAGAAGCAAAUCCGACUGAAAAAGAAUGAUUCUAACUACUCGUGUUCUAGAGCCUUUCUUUACCAGCGUCCUGCUAGGAAAGGUGUGUCUCCUUCGAUCUGUGACCUACAGCUUCUUCGUCACAAAGCCAAGGGGGGAGGAGGAGGAGGAAGCUGUGGUUUUCCAAACAGAAGGCUACGAGGGCGCAACUCGGUCAGCGAGUUCAAUAUCACAUAUGUGGUGGAGAGGAGCCUGUACAGUCACCUCAACCUGUCCCAUCUGGUGCGGCCCGUUACUGACAGGACACUGAGUAAAACUGAGGAACAGGAUUUGAGGCGAUGCUUGCUGGAGGAGGAGGAGGAAGCCAAGAGGAAAUGGGCUGCCACAGUGGACCGCUGUACUAAAAGGGUUCUCUUGAGAAUCCACCAAAAGUCUAGGACCUGCAGCUUUGGUGGUUUUGACUUGACUAAUCGCUCACUGCACACUGGAAAUAAUUUGGAUCAGAUGGGGAAAGAUGGUGAAUUCAUUUACAAAGAAGUGAUCAAAUCUCCUUCGACUUCUCGCAUAUCCCUUGGUAAAAAGGUGAAAUCUGUAAAAGAGACCAUGAGGAAAAGGAUGUCUAAAAAAUACAGCAGCUCCUUGGCAGAGCAGGACUCCAACCUGGAGGUUAUGCCUCAGUCUCCACAAUCACCACAGCCAGAUACGGAUUCUCUGGACAAACCCAAAUUAAAAGCUGGAGGUUCAGUAGAGAGUCUGAGAAGCUCCCUGAGUGGCCAGAGCUCAAUGAGUGGGCAGACAGUGAGCACCACAGACUCCUCAGCCAGUAACAGAGAAAGUGUCAAGUCUGAAGAUGGGGAUGAUGAAGAACUUCCAUACAGAGGGCCAUUUUGUGGACGGGCCAGAGUUCACACUGAUUUUACCCCCAGCCCAUAUGAUACUGAUUCUCUAAAACUCAAGAAGGGAGAUAUCAUUGAUAUAAUUAGCAAGCCGCCAAUGGGCACCUGGAUGGGUCUCUUGAACAAUAAAGUGGGUACUUUCAAGUUUAUCUAUGUGGAUGUGUUAAAUGAAGAGGAAGAGAAGCCAAAAAGGCCCACAAGAAGGCGACGGAAGGGAAGACCACCUCAGCCCAAAUCUGUUGAAGACCUCCUGGAUCGCAUCAACUUGAAGGAGCAUAUGCCCACCUUUCUGUUCAAUGGCUAUGAAGACUUAGAUACUUUCAAGCUCCUAGAGGAAGAAGACUUGGACGAGCUUAAUAUUUGCGAUCCAGAUCACAGAGCUGUUCUUUUGACAGCAGUAGAACUGCUGCAAGAAUAUGACAGUAACAGUGAUCAGUCGGGCUCUCAAGAGAAGCUCCUUGGAGAUGGCCAGGGCUUAAGUGGAUGCUCUCCCCGGGAUUCAGGAUGCUAUGAAAGUAGCGAAAAUCUAGAAAAUGCAAAGACCAGAAAGUCAUGUCUCCUUCCUUCAAAACUAGCAAGUGAAUACAGCUUUAAGAAUUUCCACAGAACCCCACUGGCAAAUUAUCCAGGUCUACCUAUAACAAAAUCAAUCGAUGCCCUUCAACAAGGAGAGAAGGCAUUGUUCCGUUGCACACAUCAAGUUCCAAAAAGCUGCCUGAAACCCCCAUCAGGCAUGAGCCUCAAGAAAAACCGCAGAAGUUUACCAGUUGGCAUCUGCCGGAGCUGUGAGAUUCUAGAAGACACCCCAAGUGUGCCCCUGUGGCCACGGUCUCAUUCCCUUGGAGAUCUUCAUAGAGAAUCUGGUACUAACUGUGUAAAAUCAGAACUGGUGAUAGCACAGCAGGGCAAAGAGGGUGUGGAUUCUCUUAUUGGAAAAGCAGAGGAAUUGCACAUACCUGCAACCAUCCCUUCCAGUGGAACGUUUCCUGUCUUUCCUCCUCAGAACGGUGAGGUUCGAUCAUCUUCACUUUCACAGGCUGUAACUUGGAGCCCUUUUGAAAACUGUAAAAAUAGCAGUCAUGGCCUGGGAAGGGUUGAACAAUUCCCUGUCCCUAAGAAGGGUACAGAAGCUGAUCAGACUGGUACAGUGGAGCCAAGAACACAGCCGAAAAGCUCUUCACAGCCACCACCAGUCCCAGCCAAAAAAAGCAGAGAACGCCUUGCUAAUGGUCACUGCCAUCUCCCUUCAGCCCAUUCUUGCCCAGAUGUGCCAUCUUUGCCAGCAAAAAAGACUGCCCAGUGUGGCUCAUCUGAUUCCCAUGCAUUGACUGCAUGUAGGCCCUCUCCAGAACAGGAGCCAAGCCCUCGGCCUCCUUGGCUGUCAGAUCUUCCAGAGACUGCUAGUGUGCAACAACAUGUGUUAAAAUUAUGUCCAUCAAUAAGAAAAUCCCCCAGCAGUAGAGGGCUGGAUCUGGAAAUGCUGAUAGAAAAUAAGCUGCAAUCUGAAGAAAUCGAUCUCACAGAAGACCCCUAUUCUGACAAGCACGGUCGUUGUGGGAUUCCUGAGCUUUUAGUGCAAAGAUACUCUGAAGAUUUAGACCAACCUGGAAAGGAUGUUGCUUCAAACAUGGACCAAAUCCGGGUGAAGCAGUUGAGGAAACAGCAUCGUAUGGCCAUUCCAAGUGGAGGCCUCACUGAAAUCUGCCGAAAACCCAUGACUCCUGGACACAUCACUUCCAUAACCGACUGGCUGGUUUCUAUUGGCCUUCCCAUGUAUGCCACUUGCCUUGUGGCUGCAGGAGUGAGUGACCUUUGCAAAGUCCCUUCUCUGUCCCAGAGUUCCCUUCAUGAGGCUGGCAUCACAGAGGAGAGGCACAUAAGAAAGCUUUUGGCAGCAGCAAGACUUCUCAAAGACGUUGAUACAGAGACAGAUUAAUAACAUGAUUUGGAGUGAUCAUAGGCCUGCAGCUAUCCUUCAGUCUCUUAAUUUCUCUGUGAAAUGAUUUGAGGAUCAAGCAAAACAGGCCCUUUCCUGGGCUAUGAUGCCUAAAGGAGCACAGAGGUCAUAAAAGGGAUUUACCCUAAAAGAAAAGGCACAAGAAAUUGUUUUUGUUUCUUUAUGAUUCUAAAGGUGGCUGAAGGCUCAGUGCCCAUUGUCUGUAUGCAUCACAGAAAAAGAAAUCUCUCGAUUUAAAAGCAAAAGCAACUUUAACUUCAAGUCCCAGAAACUGGGAGGAAGUAGGACACCGCAGAGUUAGGUUUUUCCCAUUCUUUGGUUAAACUGCAGCUUAUUAACUAAAUCAUGGAUACGCAGUCCUAAACUUGCACAUAAAUAAGUGCAUCAAAUGUGAGAGAAAAUACUUUUUUAACAAAUAAAUGUAAUGAUGAUUACAUAACUAAUGGAGGCACUCUGCUUAUCCUUUUACAUUCUUUUUCUGGACUUCAUGUUUCCUCUUGGUAGAUUUUGUUGUUAUUUUUCAGAUUGGAAAGCCUGUGCCUCUCCAGAGGUUGUUGGAGUCUGACAACCCUUGUCAGGAUGGCUAAUAUUCAGGGAUGUUGUAGUCAACCAAUAUCUGGACCACCAUGCAUUCCUCUCUACUUUUUAUUUAGGCCAAAGUUCUGGUCUGGGUUAGGUAAUCAUCUUUGAUAAUUAUCAAACAGAUCCAGAAAAUUCCUUUCUUUGUAUAGAGAUACAACAAUUUUAUAACUGCUUUUCAGCACUCAGCUUUUUUAUUUGCCUUAAAUGCUUUUAAGCAGUUCAUUUACCAGCAUCCAUGUUUCCCAGACCUCUAAUUGUUGGCAUUAAUAUCUAGCAACAGACAGGUUUUUGUCUAAAACAGUUUCUAUAGAUUAUCUCAUUGUAACAUCUGUUUUAUAAAGUUGCUUUUUCAACAUUUUUGAAAUCAGAGAUUUCAGUUCUCAGGCUAACAAGUUGUUUCUGGCAGUUCAUGUUUGCUGGGAUAUUACUAAAAGGCUAAAAGAUAUUUUGUGUUGUGUAUGUACAUAUAUAUAUAAAUAUAUAUAUAAAUAUAAAUAUGCUUUUUUGCAUUAAUUGCAACUUUGGUGUACUGUGUUAUACUGGCAAUAGAUUUGUUGCAGCUUUGACUUGGUAUCCUGACCGCAUCAAAUGGGAAACACUGGUUUCUGGAAGAGGAACAAAAAAGUUUACCAAGAGGGAGUAAAUAAACUGAAUAAGCAAACUGUGUCUCAAAAAGUUCAAAACAAGAAUUCUAUUCAAUUUUAUAGACGGGGAAAGGUUCAGGCUGCCAUGCUUGCACAACAUCAAUAAAACACCUCUGUUACUUGGUGCUGAAAUGAUUUUGUUAGAAUAAAAGUUACCUGGACUGCAGGAGCAAUCUGAUUUUUCUUUACAGUGCCAUGUUCUCAGUUUCUAAAACUAUUAAAAUAUUCAGUGUUAAAUCUUCUGACUUCUGUGAAUAUAGAUAGAGUUUAUUUUUGUACAUUUUGUAUACCAAAUAAACUCAACUUGAGUCUUAAUAUCUAGGUUAUUUUGUAAUUUCCAUUAACACAGUACAAUAAAUAGAGACAUGUCAGGGUUGAUAAUAGGCAAGUAGACUAGAAAAUAUAAUAGUAUUGGACACAGGAUUUGGAGAUCUACUUUAAACUGUUACAUAAAGACAAGCAAGUUUCACCACCUUUCCGUGCCUCCUUUACUCUGCCUUUGAACAGGAACUUGUUUACAUGUUCUGAAAGCACAUUUCACAGAACAUGCAAACACAAAGCAAUUGUACUGAUUUCCCCAAAAUGUCUUGUCCAUAUGCUUUUAAAUUUCAUGAAUUUUGCAAUAAUUUAUUUAAAAUAAAAUAAAAUUGUGUAAUAUAAUCUAGCCUAAAACUGGAGCCAGUCCUGGUCUUAAUGUAUUUUCUUCCUUUUGUGGGGAAUAUUAGACAGUUGAAUGUUUUUGCCCUUCCUUCUACCUCCCUUUUCAUAGCAAAGGGGGCCCUCAGCAUCCAUUGGGACUUCCUUCUUGGUUUUCUCUUGGAUACCAAAUUUCCAGCCCAUAUAUUCAGUGAUGUACUAAAAUGGUGUCCCUUAUGUAAAAUAGUAAAAUCAUGGUUUGCUUUUGGAUUCUGUUGUGGUAGUGGUUGAAAUAUUUUCAAGUUGUAAAUCAUGGAACCCAUAGAUACUUAGGGCUAACAAUGCUUAAAGUAUAAUUCAUUAAAGUACAGGUAAUAAGUUGCCAAAAUAUCAGUAAUGCAAUUGAAACCAAAGUUUCAGUAGUCCCAAGGGUUUUCACUUUGACAGAGCAGAUCCAAUGAAGUCCUUCCUUGGGAAUAAAGCUCCUUCAUUCAGUAGAAGACAUUGGAUUUUGUUAUUAGCUGAGUAGGAAAGGAGGCAGUACUUCCCAUCUCCUUUUUUCCUUCCAGCCCUAAAUGUUAGGUGAACCUUCUGGAACAGAGAACCAGCAAAAAUAAACAACCUGUUUUUGACUGGUGGAAGCGGUCAAAGCAUAACUCAAUUCCAGGACUGGCCCUACUAAAAAUAUAAAAGCUCCAAAUCCAAUCCACAAACUGAAAACUAAUCUUAAAAAUAUCAUCUAGCCUGGCCAGUAUGCAAUGAGCACAAUCUUGCCAGAUUCAUUUUUCUUUGAUUGUCUUAAGUCUUCAGCAUUUUUAGCACAUCCAUUUCAAAGUGCUUCACUUCAUCUGGGUGAUAUCCAUUAUUUUGAAACUUAGAAAGGAACACUUCAUAACAACACUGUGAUCAGGUGUCUUCCAAAGAUACUAAUACUCAUCACACAGUUUAGGUAUAGUGGAAAUACUUCAACGAUUCACAAAACAGAGAAUGAAAUUCUGCUUUAAUUAUUGCUUGUUCAUUGAGUUUUCCUUUUAAGCAGCUGUCUUUACUCAACCUGUAGGUUGAUAAAGUAACCAUUAUAAACAUGAGAAUGAUAGGAUUGGGAUUUUUUAAAUUGUAGCUAUUAAUAUGUGAUAGCCACCCUAGGGUCACCAUGAGUUAGAAACAACUUGAAGGCUCACAACACCACCAUGAAAAUGUUUCUUUCUGCUGUCAUAGGUUUAAUUAUGGAGAAUCAUUGCAUGUUGCAUGAAAAAGUGGAAAUGCUUUUCUUUAAAGGGAUUUAACCUUUUCCUUAAUUUGCUUUCUACAGAUUAUACUAUCUAUAUAGAAGAGUUCUUUAUAGCUACAACCUCUUAUAUAUAGCAAGAACCCGUAUAAGUGGAGCACUUACUAAAUUGAAUCAUAUUCACCAUUAACAUUUUACAACACUGGUAUGCUCUCAUAUGUCACUGCCAUGUCUAAAAUCAAGAUUUACUAAGUUAACAAUAUAAAAUAAUAUUUCUUUUUUCUUAAGGCUCUGCAAUACAAAUUGACCCUUUCCUAGCAAGCCUUCUAAGCCAAACUAGGAAAGGUUUCUUGUUUGUACUAGAUUUCUCCACUGACCAUGCUGGCUGGAGGGAUUCUAUGAACUGAUCUAAAAAGGACAACUUCCAGGAUAGACCACUUCCACAAAGCGUAGCAUGGCAGGUGGCUUUUCAUCAAUCUGUUCAGUAUAUUCUGAUAUGAACACAGGGCUAACUUAACCUAGAAAUAGGAUGUCACAGUUUCAUUGUAUGUAUAAAUGUGUUAUUUCAGGGUCAGUUAAUAAUAUUCAUCCAUCAUAGGACAAAGUUAUUGCCCCUUCCUUUCAUUGCAUGUUAAUUUAACCUUUUUUGGAACACCUAAGUAGGACUUGUUGGAAUCAUAUGACUACCACAUUUGCUGAAUAAUCAAUAUUUCAUCUGUCUGUAACCUGCAUGUAAUGUUUCUCCUUCUAAAUCAGGGAUCAGAAGCUGCCAGGAUUCCAUUCCUCAAUAAUUUUUUCACACACAACCUCUCCCACAUUUUCAACCUACAUUUCACAUGUAUAUUGUCAAUUGAGCAGAUGACCACUUAAGCAAUAUGGGCAUAAGUACACUGAAAAGGCCUUAAAAGUCAGGUACAAAGGAAAUACAAGCAAUACAAGAACCCAUUGUGUGCUCUGAACCUAGACAAUAGAGUUUUGAUUAAAUGUUGGCUUGGGGGCUAUCAGUAUAAAGCCAAACACUUAGAUUGAUUCAGUUCUUGUUUAUUUUUCUACAUUAAUGGGACCUGAUUAGUAUCUAUGGUGCAAAGUUGUAACUACCAAGUUAAUUCUUAUGACUGGAAUCCUCUUGAGCACAACAGCUAUGCCUGAGGCACAACCCAGUCCUCACAUUCUGAGUAGCAGCCUCUGCAACCACUGGAAACCCAUUCUCCUGUCACUCAUGAAGAAGUUGACUGAUAUUCCCAAAGCCUCCCACAGCAAUCUCCAGUUCAACAUGCAGGGACAGGGUCUCUAUUCCAAAUCCCUCUCUACAGAAGAGUGCUGUAAACCUUCGUCUUCUGCUUCCCAAGUGAUAAGGGAAUGCUCUCUUAUCAAUCUCAGCAACUUCUUCCCAAUAACUGGGAAUUGGGAGCAUUCAUGGUCCCAAGGUAUACACUAAACGAGGGCUUACACAGAGAUCAUGAAUUCAAAACAGUCCAAAAUGCAUUAGUGCUCAAGAGCACUGUAUCUAUCUGACUGCAGCAUUCUAAAAAAAAAGAAAAAAGAAGAAUGUCUGAACUAUAAACCUGACUUUUGGUGGAAAUGGCAACCUGGGAAAUAAUCAGAGUGCAGUAUCUUGUUAAUCCUACUCACACAGCAGCAAUAAAGGUCAGUUCACCAAGUCAGAGCUGUAUAACAGUAUUGUGUGAGCUAAAUCCAGUUACUAGUCCCAACUAGAAAUGAUUAAAAAAAAUUAGUAGAAUUUAACUCACAAGUUACCAAGUUCUCACUGAUGUAGUGAGUCUAUGCUAACUGAAAUUAACAACUGGAUUUAGCCAAUUAUUUCUGAUCUGAAUACUUUUUGAGUACAAACUAACUACUACCAAUACCUGAGACCUCUCAUUUUAAAAAACCCAGAAACUUUAAGCAAGUUAUGUAACAACUAACAAAUGUUGCACUUUCUGUAUAUGAAACAGUAUUUAAAUAACUUAUUUUUCUCCAUUUGCUGUUCUGAAAUAAUGUAAGUAGCUGUAAUAUACCAGUACAUCCUUGCAGCUAGUUUCAACCUGAAAAAGCUGUGUAUGGGGGGGGGGGGGGGGAAUGGGAUGGGGAGGCUUAUGAAUGUGUAAAAAUGACUGCUCUGUUUUAUCCAGCAAAAAAGGGCAACAAAAUGAUUUUUUUCUGUGUAUGAAAACUAUAUGUUCUGUUGUUCAAAGGAAAAUAAAUGAAUUCCUUAAAUACA